UAACUGAAGCUAUUGAUUUUAUGUCUGCAACCCAACCCUGUGUUUUUUUUUUUUAUUAAGUCAUCCCACCUGAGAGAGAGGGACAGCCGGCAGGGGUUGUUGUUGUUGUUGUGAAUCUGCACAUGUAUGGAACGCAGCCCUGCUUUUAGGUUGUAGGUGUAGCUGGAGAUGUGUUGAACGCAGCCCGCCCGCAAGCCCGUCUGGUUCCUGUCUCCGGCAGAAAUCGGGGCUCCCUGUUCACAGACAGACAGCGCUCGGUAGCUGUGGUCAGCGAACUUUAAAAACAAAGUUACCCUGUGUAGUUUUACACCCAGGAGAAGAAACGACGCGGUGAACAAAAUGCCAGCGGUCUCUAAAGGGGACGGGAUGCGUGGCCUGGCCGUGUUCAUCUCUGACAUCAGGAACUGUAAAAGUAAAGAGGCAGAAAUAAAGAGGAUAAACAAAGAGCUGGCCAACAUCCGCUCCAAAUUUAAAGGAGACAAGGCUCUAGACGGCUACAGUAAAAAAAAGUAUGUCUGCAAGCUGCUCUUUAUCUUUCUCCUGGGCCAUGACAUCGACUUUGGACACAUGGAGGCUGUCAACCUCCUCAGCUCCAACAAGUACACAGAGAAACAAAUUGGCUACCUGUUCAUCUCUGUGCUGGUGAACUCCAACAGCGACCUGAUCCGUCUAAUCAACAACGGCAUUAAGAAUGACCUGGCCAGCCGCAACCCGACCUUCAUGAACCUGGCCCUGCACUGCAUCGCUAAUGUGGGCAGCAGAGAAAUGGCUGAGGCGUUUGCUUCUGAAAUCCCCAACAUCUUGGUGGCAGGGGACACCAUGGACAGCGUGAAGCAGAGUGCAGCACUGUGUCUGCUCAGACUCAACAGGACGUCUGCUGACCUGGUGCCAAUGGGAGAGUGGACAGCACGAGUGGUCCAUCUGCUGAACGAUCAGCACCUGGGUGUGGUAACUGCAGCCACCAGCCUUAUUACCACUCUGGCCCAGAAGAGUCCUGACGACUUCAAAACAUCCAUCUCACUGGCUGUGGCCAGGCUCAGCAGGAUCGUUACUUCAGCAUCCAUCGACCUACAGGACUACACGUACUACUUUGUCGCUGCGCCAUGGUUGUCUGUCAAGUUGCUGCGGCUGCUACAGUGCUACCCUCCACCUGAGGAUGCAGCUCUGCGAAGUCGUCUGACAGAGUGUCUGGAGACCAUCCUCAAUAAAGCCCAGGAACCGCCCAAGUCCAAGAAGGUCCAACACUCUAACGCAAAGAAUGCUGUCCUGUUUGAAGCCAUCUCCCUCAUCAUCCACCAUGACAGUGAGCCCACCCUGUUGGUACGAGCCUGCAACCAGCUAGGCCAGUUUCUGCAGCACAGGGAAACCAACCUCCGUUAUCUGGCUUUGGAGAGCAUGUGCACACUGGCCAGCUCUGAGUUUUCUCACGAGACAGUGAAGACACAUAUCGAAACUGUGAUCAAUGCUCUAAAGACGGAGCGAGAUGUGAGCGUUCGCCAGCGGGCUGUUGAUCUGCUCUAUGCCAUGUGCGACCGCAGCAACGCCAAGCAGAUCGUGGCAGAGAUGCUGAGCUACCUGGAGACCGCUGACUACUCGAUCAGAGAGGAGAUAGUGCUCAAGGUGGCUAUCCUGGCAGAAAAAUAUGCCGUGGACUACACCUGGUACGUGGACACCAUCCUCAACCUCAUCCGCAUCGCAGGCGACUAUGUCAGUGAGGAGGUGUGGUAUCGCGUCAUCCAGAUCGUCAUAAACAGAGACGAUGUCCAAGGCUAUGCUGCCAAGACCGUCUUUGAGGCACUACAGGCUCCUGCCUGCCAUGAGAACCUGGUGAAGGUGGGUGGUUACAUCCUGGGAGAGUUUGGAAACCUAAUCGCAGGGGACUCGCGCUCCAGCCCUUUGGUCCAGUUCAACCUUCUACACUCCAAGUUCCACCUGUGCUCUGUGCCAACUCGAGCGCUGUUGCUGUCAGCCUACAUCAAGUUCAUUAACUUGUUUCCAGAAGUGAAGGCCACGAUCCAAGAUGUCCUGCGCUCAGACAGCCAGCUCCGCAACGCUGACGUGGAGCUUCAGCAGAGAGCUGUCGAGUACCUGAGGCUCAGCUGCAUCGCCAGCACUGACAUACUGGCCACAGUCUUAGAAGAGAUGCCUCCAUUCCCAGAGAGAGAGUCUUCAAUCCUGGCCAAGCUGAAGAGGAAGAAGGGCCCCGGCCACCUUCCUGACAUCGACGACGCCCGGCGGAAUGUCAACGGCAGCACAGAGCCCAGCGAGAACACAGAGGCCACAAAAAAGUCUUCUCCUUCACUGAUGGCAGACCUUCUACCUACCAACAGACCCCGCCCUGCCUCUUCUAGUCCCAUCAUGCUCUCUGCUGGGACCAUGGGUUCCACCCAUCCCUUCACAGACCUGCUCAAUCUAAACUCCACCCCUCCAUCAGGAGCCAGCCUGCUGGUGGAUGUCUUCUCCGACAUCUCCACCGCUGCACCUGCAGAAGUGUGUGAGGAGAACUUUCCCAGGUUUGUUUGUAAGAACAACGGUGUCAUCUAUGAGAACCAGCUCCUGCAGAUUGGACUGAAGUCUGAGUACAGACAGAACCUCGGUCGCAUUUAUGUGUUUUACGGCAACAAGACCUCUACCCAGUUCCUGAGCUUCUCCUCAUCAGUGACCAGUUCUGACACACUCAAGGCUCAGCUGAAUGUCCACGCCAAGACAGUAGACCCCAUAAUAGAAGGUGGAGCUCAGGUCCAGCAGAUUCUCAACAUUGAGUGUGUGUCAGAUUUCACAGAUGCACCCGUGCUCAACAUCCAGUUCAGAUACGGUGGAACUCUUCAGAAUAUCGGAGUGAAACUUCCUGUGAUGCUGAACAAGUUUUUCCAGCCCACAGAGAUGUUGUCCCAAGACUUCUUCCAGCGCUGGAAACAGCUCGGAGCCCCCCAACAAGAAGUUCAGAAAAUCUUCAAAGCCAGACACCCGAUGGACACCGACGUCACCAAGGCCAAGAUCUUGGGUUUUGGUGUAGCUCUGCUGGACGGGGUGGAUCCCAAUCCUGCAAACUUUGUUGGAGCCGGAGUCAUUCACACUAAGAACACUCAGGUGGGCUGCCUCCUCAGGCUGGAGCCCAACACACAAGCACAGAUGUACCGUCUCACCCUCCGGACCAGCAGGGACUCUGUGUCUCAGAGACUGUGUGAUCUGCUCUCUGAACAGUUUUAGACUCAGCACCAGCAUUUUUACACCGUUACUCCCCUCGUCUCUUUAGAUUGAAUCGAUGUAUUGUACAGUGUAAAUUGUUUGUUGUUUUUUUUUAUUUGACUUACUCUACAUGUAAAUGAAGUGAAAUGUAUUCUUCGCACAUAGCUUUACUAACAGGUCACUGCUUUAAACUUACCCUGUUCCCUGCGGACGGUACAGAGAGGCUCUGAAUGCUCCUCUAGUUCUUCUGCAGCUUCAGAGUUUUGAACAUUUUGUGUGUUUUUUGCUGCUUGGGUACUGCCGUUCUUACUCGAAACACUUUGAAGAGUUUGUUUGGAAGCAUUAAUAAGAGAUGAGUUAGUUAAAACACUCAGUAGGAUUAAUCAGCCUACCAAUGAUCUAAUAGUACAUAAUUCAGUUCUAGAGUUUCUGAGACAUUUUAUUCUCGUAGUGUUUCAAACAAAUGUUGCACAGAUCUGGGAAGCUUUCCUGAACUUCUCGCACCAUUUUGCACUCGUUCGGUGAAAAAUAAGAUCACAUAAGUAGCUCAGAGAGAGAGAGUUUUGACUCUGAUGUCAGCUUAUUUCACCAAUUUACACGUCUGUCAUCUCAGGAGGAAAAGCAAAGCUUUGCAUUGUGGUUGUUUUUUUCUUUUGUUUUUUGUUUUUAGCAAAAAGUAGACUUUAUCGUUCUGGUUCCGUUACGUGAAUGUUUGAUCUACAUUGUGCAGAAAUUUUCCACAUAGAAUUCAGACACUCGGAUUAAAAUAGCAAAGGUCACUGUGUAGCAAAUAGAUUUCAGUUACUCAUAGUGAUUUCAUUCAUUUAGUUUCCACUGGAACAAUCACACUAUUGUGCCUGUGAACUCUGUCACUUAAAAACAGAAAGAGCCUUCAAAUAGACGAGAGUCUAACGCACUGCCACACUACUUUCACCCAAAUGCAUUAAUUCAUAGAGCACUGCCAAACUGGUAAUAUUUCUAUCUUUCAAUGACCUGUAUUUUCUCUUUUAUAUGAUGUACUCUUAUUAUAAUCCUUGAUAGCACAUUUGAUGCUUGGCAUAAAGGCCCGGCAGUGUAAACUGUGUCCGGCUGUAGCUUCAUAUUUAACAGACAGGUAUUAGAGUGAUAUUGAUUUUCAUGUCGAACUCAGCAACAAAGUGAAAAUAAGUAUGUACCAAAACUAUUCUUUCAAGAAAUAUCCAUCAAAAUUAGUACCAAGAAAUAGAGAAUACGUGUUCAGAUUGUGAGAAUAAAUCUUUACAUUGUGUUAAAGGGUUUGGCCAAUUCAUUAAUAAGAGGACCUGGACCUGAGAAGCUUUACUGUGAUGUGUAACUUUACCAAAUCAUCACCAUAUUUUAACAAUGGCUAUGAGCCAUAACCUAAUAUAUGGUUUCACACUAUUUUAAGAGCAGUGGACUCGACCCCUUCUGUUUACUUUGGUCAGGCCCAGGUCAGCUGUGAACUAGAAGGGUCACAGUGUGCCUUCUGUGUUUUUAUGUACGUCACAUCUGCUAACAAAGUAAAUGACCACUUGACAAUAAGCACUGACGGUCUUUGGAUACAGUACUGUGGAAAAGUCAAAUGCCUACAUGUUUAUGUCAAAGGGUUCGAAGCCAAAGAGAAUUUGUACCCCAAUCUACAUUUCUUUUGAACUCAUCUUAAACUCUUUAGUUUGGGCUUAAACCUGCAGCUUUACUGUUCCGGUUCAGACUGACUGCUCCCUUUUAGAGUUACUUCAAGAUGCAGCAGGCGGCUCUAAUGAGCCCUUCUGCACACAGCACCAAACAGCAGACAGACACGUUGGGCACAUGAUGGAGCAUUUUAGCCACACAUUUCCCUCGAGAGCUGAAGAAGACCUGAACAGAGCGGAGAGGAGAGUGAACGCUGAAACAUAACAUCCAAUGAUGUUGCUGAUGUUGAAUUAAGCUGUCUGCUAACAGAUUUUAUGAGGUGAUUUAAAGCAGUUCUGUCGUUUUCUAACCUUUGUCUUGUUUUCAUGUUUGUCCAGUGUGCUCACAUGAUGGUUUGCUGCACUGUACUUCUGUUACAGAGAACACAGAUGUGUGCUCAGCUGGUCCGUAGCUUUAGCCCAGAAUUCAAAUGAGGCCACCAAAAAUACAAGCCACACAAAUCUGGAUUAAAAGUCCAAUCUAAAACCAGUUACCUGCUCACAGCUUCUGUCAUGAUUCUGAGAAAUAACUUUUAUUGUUCGCCUCCAUUUAAAGCUUGAAAUGACUGAUGAUUUUGACAGUUCACACUAAAAAUCAAGUCACAUUUCUGUGUGCUCACUGCAUUCUAAUGUAAAGCAGAGCUGAAGUGGAGUACAAGGUACAAAGUUCAGCUAUACUGUAGAUAUUUGGGCCUAAACACUGUGUACUUGAUACUGUAUCCAGCACACUCGUCUACAGCGUCUACAUCAGCCACCAUUUGAACUUUCAUAAUUCUACAUUAAACAGCGCUGUUUGAUGUGCCUUUGGGAGAAGAAAAGACUGGAUAUGUUGUUGCUGUUUCAGUGUAAUGUGAUUUUGACAUCCCAUAGUUGUUUUUACAAAUAAAAUAAAAAACAGCUUGCUUUUGAAUGGAAAAA